GUGCUGUACUGAAAGCCUCCCAGUGGCCCCCUCCUCCAUAACUCCUGCAGGCCUCCCAGACCUCCUGGGGAGACCAGAGAGGCUGGGAUUUCCCCUAGGACAAGCUGGACCCAGCACCCGCCCAUUGCUGGCAGGGGAGGGAGCUGGGGAGCUGACAGAAGAGGAAAUUCCCCUGAACCUGUUUCUCUGCUUCCUGGCUCAGCUGGGGCACCCACUGGAAGGAGAGGCCAGGCCAUGGCCUCAGCUCUAAGCCCACUCCGGGUCCCCAAACACAAGGGUGCUCUACCCUCACACUACUAUGAGAGCUUUCUGGAGAAGAAGGGACCCCACGACCAGGAUUACAAGAAGUUCUGGGCAGGCCUCCAGGGUUGCACUCUUUAUUUCUAUAAUAGCAAUCGGGACUCCCAGCACGUGGAGAAGUUAGGCCUAGAAGCAUUUGUGAGGCUCACCGAUGGGGCGCCCUGGGGAAGCUCAAGAGACCCUGACAUCUAUUUCAGCCUGGUCCUCUGGAACCAAGAGAUCAAGUUCAAGGUAGAGAGCCUGGAGUCUCGGGAGAUGUGGAAAGGCUUCAUCCUGACGGUGGUCGAGCUGCGUGUCCCGUCGAACCUGACCCUGCUGCCGGGACACCUGUAUAUGAUGGCCGAGGCCCUGGCCAAAGAGGAGGCGCGCCGCGCGUUCGAGGUGCCCUCUUGCUUCCUGGAGGUGAGCCGGCUGGAGGCGCAGCUACUCCUGGAGCGCUAUCCCGAUUGCGGAAACCUGCUGCUGCGACCCAGCGGGAACGGCGGGGACGACGUGUCGAUCACCACGCGCCAGACGCUCAAUGGGAAGUCGGUGGUCCGGCAUUACAAGGUGAAGCGUGAGGGCCCCAAGUAUGUGAUCGACGUGGAGGAGCCGUUCUCCUGUGCCUCACUCGACGCGGUGAUCAACUAUUUCGUGUCACACACCAAUAACGCGCUGGUGCCCUUCCUGCUGGACGAACACUACGAGAAGGUUCUAGGCCACGUGGAGGCGGAUAAAGAGAACGGCGAGAGUGUGUGGGUGGCGCGCUCGACCCCCGCGGCGCCCCGCGCAGGGCCUGCACCUGCCUCCGAUGGCCCCAAGCAGCUGCCUCCCGUGCCCAUCACACCUGUGGCAAGCCAGGGCAGGUCACCCCCACUCCUGAACCAGGAGGAGAACUAUGUGAUCCCCACUGGAGAUGACCCAGCUGCCAACUACGUGAACGGGGAUGUGCCUUCCCCCAGUCGGCCGGUCCCAAAGCCCAGGAAGUUGGCAAAGGCGCUCAAGCCACCCGUUGCCCCCAAGCCAGAGCCCAAAGGCCUCAGCGGCGGCCUGGCCAAGAAGCUAGCAGUCGGCUCAAUGCAGACUCUCUUCCCCACAACAGGGUUGGCAGAUUUGACGGCGGAGCUGGAAGAGAAACUGCAGCGGAGGCGGGCUAUGGAGCACUCUGCUGGACACGCUGGGGAUCAAUGAGCCGGGCUCAGGCUUCCGAAGUCAGCCGGGCCGACCGCUCCUCCCAGAAUAAAAGUUCCAGUGAUCCCAGG